CGAGGCCGUGAACAGCAGCUGGUCAACCAAUCAGGGGGAUUCAGCCAGCUCCAGUGAUGAGACGUCGUCGGCCAAUGGCGACAGCCUGUUCUCCAUGUUUUCUGGGCCAGACCUUGUAGCAGCUGUUAAACAAAGGAGAAAACACAGCUGUGUUGAGCCAGAGGUGUGCACCCUACCUUCACCACCGCUACACAACGUUGGUGAUGACAACCAGGACAACAAAACUAAAACCUGGCCUCCGAAAGCACCGUGGCAGCACAGCGCGCAGACAAACACCAUGCCCAAUCCCAGCUCUUCCUUGUACCAGAUGAACAUGCCUCCUUCCUCCCAGUGGAGCGACUCCAUGCAGAUGCUGCAGUCUCCUGUGUGGUCCACCACUAGUGACUGCUCACCCUCUGCUGGGAUCUCCUCUGGCUUUCCCUUCACUCAACAGCAGCAGCAGCAGCAGCAACAACAUAAUAAACCCAUGACCAAGGGCUUCAAAUCCUUCCCCCUCAAACCUGAGCACAGACCCUCUUACCUUCACCAGUUCUGAUUAAAGGUGGUGAAGCACCACUGAGGACCUGCAGCUCUGACGACACGAGCCUCUGAACGAGCUCGGCUGCAGCCAACACUCCACAUCCACACGUUUGAGAGGUUACAGAGCCUCAGAGGCAACAUAUACACACUGGUUCAACAUUUUUCUAUCUAUAUUUUUCCAUGUCAAACAUCCCAAUUUAAAAGAAAAAAAAAAGUAUAUUUUGAAGUUUUUCAAACUGCCAUGUUUUAACUCUGACAGGUGCAUGUGUCAUGCUGGCAGCAGUUAGCCUUGUGGUCGUUUCUCUGUCUGUUGAGCUGACGGAUUCAUCAGACAAGAGCUGGAGACGUGCUCGGCCGUCACCCACUUGCUUCUGCAGCUGUGUGUGUGUGUGUGUGUGUGUGUGUGUGUGUGUAGAGGGGGACUGCGAGAGGGCAUGGGCUUGAAAUGCUCUCAUUUUGCCCCAUAAUGAGUAUACUGUGUCUACAUAGCUGUAACUGCCAAAUCUCACGCAAGAUGACUGAGUACAGCUACCAUCUACUGUUUCAUAACCUGUAUAGUACUAAAGUUGAAAUAUAAAUACGUAGUUCUUUUUAUUGAGAGGCUUUGAGCAGGCUCAGCAUAAAUCUAGUAAGCCACUGCAUAGGUGUAAUUUGAYAGAAAUACACUAAUUUUUCAUCCUAUGACCAGAGUUAGGGACUUUAGUUGUAACUAUGUGCCAUGUUGGUAUUGAUAGCACUUGCAGAUUAUUAUUUCCAACCAACCAAAGUGGUGUUCAGAGGAUGAAUAGUGCUAGGACAAAAAAAAUAAAAACGUUCUGAGAUUGAAACAUGAAGUUCCACAUCUUCAUAUCCAUCUCUAAUUAGUGCUUGUUUGCUCCAAAUUGACACCAACUCCCACAAACCCUAACUUUUAGUUUGUUUGAUAAUACAAUAUUUUUUGUGAACAAUUAUUGACAGUAUUAAUCUUAUUUUUGUAUUUUCUUACAUAUUAUACCAUAACCGUAUGUUAGUAUUGUAGACAUAUUACAUUAAAAAAACCAAUAUUUUCCACCUCCCAAUAUGUGAAAAAGCACAUUUCUUUUUCUACAAAGUUUAACUACARCAUCUAUCUACAGAGGUUACCAAAUAUGCCACACUAAACACUAAAACGUGUGACGAGGGUUUUUUUUUUUUCCUUUCGUGAGCCCUUGUCCCUUCGGUUUCUAUGGCAACGGGCUGCAUUUAAAAGCCCAGAAUGUUAUCUUUUUGUGAUGUUUGCGGAUGCCAAUGUUGCCUGUAUUUAUGAAAUGACGUCAUGUUUUCAGAUAACUAACAUACUUAACAUGUUUACAGAGAUUUGUUUGCUGUAUAUACAUAUAAAUAUAUAUCUUUUUAUAGUUAAUGUGCUUUGCACAAUCAAAAUAUAGGGUUUGUUGCUUUCUGUCUGUGUUAUUUCCCUAACUGUUGCAGCCUUUUCUUUUUUUUUUUUUAAAGACAUCAUUACAGACCUUGGACUGUAACUGUUAGCUUCUCAGCUGUGUAAAAUGGUUUACUAGUGGCUAUAAAAGAUUGAAAAAAAAAAAAUGUUGACCUGAUAGAAAAUAUGAACGGGGACCGCUUGGCUUUUGUUGCUUUUUGUUCUCUUGAGCUGGCAACUGAUUCUUUCCAAGUGUACCAGCAAUGCAAAAAAAUAAAAAAUAAAUAAAAUAAUAAUUAGCAUUUUGAAA